AUGUCUGAUAUUGCUCAAAUUCUGGGCGUUGAAGACAAGCCAAAGGAAGGAGCAGAGGAGAAGAAGCCGAAAAAAGCUGUGAAAAAUGACCCCUACGCAAACCUACCUCGGUAUCUGAGAAAUAUUGUGGACGAGAAUAAUCCACCUCCAUUGGAAUUGAUUAAGGAGAAAAAGACAUUAGUGAUCUCAAAGGAGCCUGUGCGUAAAUGGAUAUAUGCGGACUUUACGAGCUCUGCCAGAUCGGAUGGAGCAACAUUCAAACAUUGGGUUCGUGACAAAGUGGAGUAUCCAGACUAUCCCUUUGCUCGAUUUAAUUAUCAGAUAAAUAUUGUGAGUUAUAAACAGGAAGAGUUAGAGGAAUGUAUAUUCGAUCUACCCAAAAAUUGGACAAAUGAACUUACAAACGAGCUAUUUGAUUUGUGUAGAAAGUAUGAUCUUCGUUGGCCAGUCAUCUACGACUGCUUCUCUGCGAGAGAGCAGUACUCUCUAGAAGACAUCCAAGGCAUCUAUGUGGAGGUGUCUCGAACCUUAAUCGAGCUUCGUCGUUGUAAAGGAUUUAUCAUCAAAGACUGGGAAGAAGAGCUCAGCCAUUUUAGAUUUGACUAUGAGAACAGUGUGAAGCGUCGCAAACAGCAAGAUCUGCUUUUCAGAUCGCUGGGUUUGGGUCAGCAGGAAGAAAAGCAGCUUCAAUCCAAGCUCCAAUCCAUCCAAGAAGCGCUCACUCUGAUCGGAUCGCCCGAUUCCCGUCGCAGCUACGGACAGCGCUAUCCGGUCAAUCAAAUGGUGGCUGAGAUGAACGCGAUGAUUGAAGCGAAGCCCGCGAUGUUUCUACCGCCAGGCGUUACAUUGGCGAGUCGGUGCGGGCAGGAGGAAGUGAAUCUGACGCGCGAUAUGAAGGAGGAGCACAGACGCAUCAUUGCAGAACUGGGAGUGGCAGAGCUGAAGAGCAAGUCAUUUAGAGUACAAAAGGAGCUAAUGCUGCUUAAGCAGAGGGUAGCUGUGCUGCUCAUGGGAAAGAAAUGCAAGGCAGAUUAUGGGUUAAUCAAACUCCCGGAUAAACCUGUGAAAAGGUGGAACACAAUGGAAUCGAAACCAGAAGUAAAGGAUUUUAGAGGGAUUGAAAGGUAG